AUGGCAUCUGGAAGCUGUCUUUGCGGAAACGUCUCGAUUGAGUAUCAGGGAGAGCCAGCACUAAAGGCACUCUGCCACUGCACCGACUGCCAAAAGAUUAGCGGCUCCGCCUUCAGCGUCAACAACGUAGUCUCGGGCGAAGGCUUCUCCGUGACCGGCAGCCCCAAGUCCUACACCAAGACCGCUGAUUCUGGCAAGAAGAUCACUUCCUACUUCUGUGGCGACUGCGGAUCCACCUUGUACAGAGAUGGAGAGAAUUUCCCGGGUAUGAAGAUUGUCAAGGCUGGUGUGCUUGGUGGCAAGACGCUAGAGGCUAGCAAGCCUAAUGUUGAAUUGUUUGCGCCUGAGAGACCUGGAUGGAUUGGUGCGCUGGAGGGAGCGGAGCAGAAGGAUACGAUGUAA